AUGUACUGUGGCAGAGAAGAGUCGAUGGGUGUUUUGACGGGAACAGCGACGAUAACAGCGAUAACAACGACGAUAACAACGAAAACAACGACGAUAACAACAAAAAACCAGGACAAUAACAACGACGAUAACAACGAAAACUACGACGAUAACAAAACGAUAACAACGAAAAAAAACGACGAAAACAACGACGAUGACAACGAUGAUAACAACGAAAACAACGACGAUAACAACGAAAUUAACGACGAUAACAACGAAAACAACGACGAUAACAACGAAAACAAUGACGAUAACAACGACGAUAACAACGAAAACAACGACGAUAACAGCGAUAACAACGACGAACAGUUGUGA